UGUUGACUGUUUUGGUUCAUUCAUUCGUUCAUAUAGCCAUUGGUGCAUUUUAUGAUCGUUUAGUCGCGUUCAGAACGUUAAUCGGCUAAGUUCACGGGCAGCGGUUAACUGUUUUUGUUUGCAAUUUCCCAAUUUCAUUUGUUUUUAAGGAUUUCUUUGUAAAAAAAGUGAAUAAAAGAAAUCAAUUAAAAAGCAAUUAUUGAAAAAAAGAGUUUUUAUAAAAUAAAAGAAAAAAAUUGCAAAAUAAUAACUCAUUAUUUUAUCAGUGUGGAUGAAUAGCCAAAAAGUAAAAGAAACGCGUCCCUGACAAAGAGAUAACGAAUUUUUAAACAAAAGCAUUUAUAACGGAUAUCUAGCUAUCUUAGAUGAUAUGUAAACACUAGUUUUGUUGCUAUCAUUUCAAAUCGUAUCAAAGUAUUAGCCUAGUGUUUGUGAGUAUUACGCCAAAGCGUAAUAGCAAAACAACAGCAUUUUGCCCGUCUACUCUGCCAAGUGAUAUUCCUGACCAUCUGGUUUUGUCAAGUGGAAACCCCCCAAAAGGACCUUCAUAUAAGGCAUACAAGUCCAGGUCACCACUGCCAAAUUUCAUGAGUGCAUGUUCUUCAACUUGUUAGGAAACAGCUUUUUGCUUUGAAAAAGAUUGGUUUACUCUCAGUACCCUUAAAGGAGGCAAUUAUUUCGGGCUGCCAAACGUAGCACGAGUUUAAGGAAAAUGAUAAAGCAUUUGUGCUUGGUGCGCCACUAGACAAAACUAUUCAUUCUCGAUUCUUUAGUGUUUAACUCACUCAAGAUCGAUUAAUUAUGCCAACAUGCCGGUGUUAAACGGAAAUCAACGGAAACAACCAAUUUGCACACAGAGUGCGACUACAAAUGUCAAUAUGGCUGUACGCUACCAUUUGAGUUGGGAGAGGAGAACUAUUCUGUUGGCUGUGAUAUUUUCACUUGUCCAAAUACCACAUCCGGCCCAUGGAAGAGAAUUGAGAGCAACAACUUCAAGAACAGCCGAAUUGAUAGCACAACCUUCGAUAGCAACUUCGCCAGCAUUGAAAACAACGGCAAAUGUUUCAGCUACAACGUUGGCAAAUGGAAAGGGCAUUGAAUAUACAACAAAUGACUAUUGUGAGGUUUUCAUUAAUGACAUCAAAGAAGCUAAACCUAUUGGCUCAUUAUGGAUUUCGCCACAGGACGCUUGCGCCUUGCAUUCUUGUGAACUAAAUAAGCAGGGAGUUGCGGUGGAAGUUGUUAAAAAGGACAAUUGUGGUGACUUUUAUUGUGAUAUAGACUCGGAGGUCAAACCAAAGGAAGGCUCCUGUUGCGGUGAAUGUGUGCAAACUAAAUGCCGUUUGGGCAAUGAAGUCUAUGAAAUCGGCACAACAUGGCACAACAAUGAAGACUGCACCCUACUCGAAUGUUCUCAGCUACCCAAUGGAGUGCCCAUCAUUAAUGCCUAUCAAAAAACCUGUCCAGAAUUACCCAAAAACUGUCCAGCAGAACAAAUCUACAUUGAAAACUGUUGUCAAUAUUGUAAGCAAUCAAGAGCUGUCACACCGGCAUCGAGUGUUGCCAACAAAUCCGAAGAUAUAUGGACAGAGGAAUUUUACAGCAAUCACUCGUGUGUUCGUGAGUGUAAAGUGGGAGAGCCACCACAAACAUGUCACUACACCUUUGUGGUGGAAUGGUAUGAGACCUUUUCGAAGGCUUGCUACAAUUGUCCCAAAAAUGUAACAGACUGUCAAAGACCCCAUUGCAUAUCGGCAGAUGGCAUAGCAAGAUCGGUGACGGUGGUAAAUCGCAUGAUGCCCGGGCCCACCAUAGAGGUGUGUCAAAAUGACAUAGUAGUGGUGGAUGCCAAGAAUCAUUUGCUGGGAGAGAGUACCACCAUACAUUUUCAUGGUAUGCAUAUGAAGGAGACCCCCUAUAUGGAUGGAGUGCCACAUAUCACCCAAUGUCCCAUAUCACCACACACCACCUUCCGUUAUAUGUUUAAGGCGGAGAAUUCGGGCACCCACUUCUGGCAUUCACACACCGGGAUGCAACGAGGCGAUGGCGUGUUUGGAGCUUUCAUAGUGAAGAGGCCACGCUCUGAAGAUCCCCAUGGACAUUUAUACGAUUUCGAUUUGAGUGAGCACAAAAUGAUACUGCAAGACUGGGUGCAUGUGCCAGGCAUUAGCAUGUUUGCCUCCCAUCAUCAUUCGAAGGGAGAUAAUAAGCCUCUGAAUUUGCUAUUGAAUGGCAAGGGACGCUAUUACUAUGGCAUAUGGCAGGACAUAAAGAAGAAUGAGAAACCCUUGCCUCGCACAGGAAAUGGUGGAGUUUGGACAACGGAAAUGCCAAAAUCUUCCCCCCAAACCUUAACCGAGAGUCCUGUGGAGGUGGAGGAGGAAUUUGUUACAGACAAACAGCUGGAUGAUGAUGUUGUCAUGUUGCAUCCCUCCAACGACCCCAAGGUGCAUAGUUUGAGAAUUCAACAAAAUGAGAUAUCACGUUCGGCACGUUUGGCCCCGCAGAACAACCAAACGGUGGGCAAUGAAACUCUAGCGAAGCAGGAGGAGGAGGAGGCCACAGUGCAAGAAGAAUCUUUGAACGCAGAGGUUAAAGUCAGACAUUUGACCAAACGUGCUUUGGAUCCCAAGGUACCCUUGGAAUUCAUUCCCCUGCAUCAGUACAAUGUCAGCCGAGGUUUUCGUUACCGUUUUCGUGUAAUCAAUGCAGAGUUUCUGAAUUGCCCCAUAAAGAUUUCCAUAGACAAUCACACCUUGACAGCCAUCAAUUCAGAUGGCUACGAUUUCGAAGCUGUAGAUGUGGGGUCCAUAAUCACCUAUGCCGGAGAACGUUUCGACUUCGUUGUCAAUGCCAAUCAACCUGUGGGCAAUUAUUGGAUUCGCCUCAAGGGUCUUAUGGAUUGUGAUGAACGUUUUACCUCCGCCUUUCAGGUGGGCAUUUUGCACUAUGCCAAUGCCCCAGUUGAAGAGCCCCAGGGUGAUUUGGGUUAUCAGCAUCAGCCGCAGGGUAUAGAACUCAACUCCAUGAACAAGGGAACGGGUUAUGUUGACCAUCUAAAUAUGGCUGAGCUAAAUGCUUUGCCAGCCUACGAUAAGGUUCCGGGCAUAGAUCGUGAUGCUCUGAAACCUGUGGCUGACUACAAAUUCUUUGUCUACUAUGAUUUCUAUCGCAAAGAUAAUCCCGAAUUUCAUCCCAGCGAUUAUUAUGGCGUGAAUGACACCAUCAAUGAUGCGAAUCGUGUUUUUACUCCUCAACUCAAUCACAUCUCCUUGAAGUUUCCUCAUACCGCAUUGCUGCCUGCUCGAGAUACCAUCGAUGAGUCCAUAUUUUGCAAUGAAAGCAGUUUGGCCCAACAAGGCAUUGAUUGUCGGGUGGAGUUCUGCAAAUGUCAUCAUGUGCUGCAGGUGCCUCUCAAUGCCAUCGUGGAGAUGAUCAUAGUGGAUGAGGGUUUCACCUAUGAUGCCAAUCAUCCUUUCCAUUUGCAUGGCAAUGCCUUUCGUGUGGUGGGAAUGGAACGUUUGGGAUCUAAUGUGACCAUUGAAAUGAUCAAACAAUUGGAUCGCUACAACCUACUCAAGCGCAAUCUGAUAAGCCCUCCUGUCAAGGACACUGUUACCAUACCCGAUGGUGGCUACACCAUAAUACGCUUUGAAGCCUAUAAUCCUGGUUUUUGGCUUUUCCAUUGUCACAUAGAAUUUCAUGCUGAAAUUGGUAUGGCUUUGGUACUCAAGGUGGGCAACAAUGACCAGAUGUUGCCAGUGCCCAAAAAUUUCCCCACCUGCCAUGACUAUAUGCCUCAGGAGGACGAUGAAAGGGAAGAGGACCCAGAUGAGCCCAUUUAUCCAGGGCCACCUGAUACUGGUGGCAAUGGGCGUGGUACUCAAUUUACAGCGCAAUUUAUUGUAGUUGGCUUUGCUUGCCUUUUGAAAUGGGUUCUGAAAUGAGUUACUCGCCAUUUAUUUAUUUUAUAGAGCUGUGAUUUGUAUUUUGCAAUAUAGUUAAUAAGAAUUUUGUUAAAAUAUGUUAAAUAUUUAUAUAUGCCAUUUUUAUAGUAUUUUUAAAAAAAAAAUCAGUAUACAAGAAUUUCACAAAAAAAAAUAGGGUUGCCCAAAAAGUAAUUGCGGAUUUUUCAUAUAGUCGGCGUUGACAAAUUUUUUCACAGCUUGUGACUCUGUAAUUGCAUUAUUUCUUCUGUAAGUUAUCAGCUGUUACUUUUAACUUGUUUUAGAAAAAAAAGUGUAAAAAAGUAUAUUUGAUUAAAGUUCAUUCUAAGUUUUAUUAAAAAUGCAUUUACUUUCAUUUAAAAAAUCCGCAAUUACUUUUUGGGCAACCCAUAGAGAGCAUAUUUAUAAGAAUUUAUGUAUUGGACUAAGAAGGAGAUUAAUUGAAACCCAAUAAAAGAAGAUGACAAAUAAGCGACUAAA